AUGGGAAACUACAAAUCCAGACCCUCUCAGACGUGUACAGAUGAGUGGAAGAAGAAGGUAGGGGAGUCGUACUCUGUGAUCAUCGAGAAGUUGGAGGAUGACCUGCAGCUCAAAGACAGCGAGCUCGUGGAUCUCAAGCUUGCUUUCAGCUCUGAUGAGGCUUUUCAGAAGGUGAACUUGUGCUACCGAACAGAGAAGGGGCUGUCGCUGCUGCACCUCUGCUGUGUGUGUGGAGGCAGCAAGGAUCAUAUCCGCACUCUGAUGCUCAAAGGCCUUCGUCCCUCCAGACUGUCGAGGAAUGGAUUCACUGCACUUCACCUGGCUGCAUACAAGGAUGAUGCUGAGCAGGUGACUGCUCUUCUCCACGGGGGCUCAGACGUGCAGCAGCUAGGUUAUGGUGCUCUCACUGCCCUGCAUGUGGCCACACUGGCUGGGCACCAUGAGGCAGCAGAUAUCCUCCUGCAGCAUGGAGCGCAUGUGAAUGUUCAGGAUGCUGUGUUUUUCACACCACUGCAUAUAGCUUCUUAUAAUGGCAAUGAGCAGCUGACAAAGUUGCUGCUGAAGUUUGGUGCGGAUGUAAAUGCUAGCGGAGAGGUUGGAGACAGACCGCUUCACCUGGCUGCAGCUCGAGGUUACCUCGGCAUCAUCAAGCUGCUGAUGGCAGAGGGCAGCAAAGCUAACGUCAAUGCCACUGACAAUGAAGAUCAUGUCCCCCUGCACUUCUGCGCUCGCUUUGGUCACCACCAGAUCGUCCGCUUCCUCCUGCAGGGCAACUUUGACGUGCAGCCUCACUCUGUUAACAUCUACGGGGACACGCCGUUACACCUGGCCUGCUAUAAUGGAAAAUUUGAAGCAGUGAAGGAGAUCAUAAAGCUGUCUGGCACAGAGGGUCUGUCAAAGGAGAACAUAUUCAGUGAAACAGCACUCCACAGUGCAUGCACGUAUGGUAAAGAUCUGGAUAUGGUGAAGUUCUUGCUGAUCCAGAAUACAAUGAGCAUCAACUAUCAGGGCAGAGACGGACACACAGCUCUCCACAGUGCUUGUUUCCAUGGCCACAUCCCCCUGGUGCAGUUCCUCCUGGACAGCGGUGCAGACAUGAACCUCGUAGCUUGUGACCCCAGCAGAUCCAGUGGGGAGAAGGAUGAGCAGACUUGUCUGAUGUGGGCUUAUGAAAAAGGCCACGAUGCAAUAGUCACCUUACUGAAACACUACACACGUCCAGACGACUCCCCCUGCAAUGAGUACUCCCAGCCAGGAGGGGAUGGCUCUUACGUUUCUGUCCCGUCUCCUCUGGGGAAGAUCAAGAGCAUGACUAAAGAGAAAGCAGAAGUUCUUCUGCUCAGAGCCAGCCUCCCCUCUCACUUCCACCUUCAGCUGUCUGAGCUGGAGUUUAAUGAAAUUAUUGGAUCAGGCUCCUUUGGAAGAGUCUACAAAGGCAAAUGCCGGAACAAAGUCGUUGCCAUCAAACGCUAUCGAGCCAAUACGUACUGCUCAAAGUCAGACGUGGACAUGUUCUGCAGAGAAGUCUCCAUCCUGUGUCGCCUCAAUCACCCCUGUAUUAUCCAGUUUAUGGGGGCGUGUUUGGACGACCCCAGCCAGUUUGCCAUUGUGACCCAGUACAUCUCUGGAGGCUCGCUGUUCUCUCUGCUGCAUGAGCAGAAGAGGCUGAUCGACCUGCAGUCCAAGCUCAUCAUUGCCAUCGAUGUGGCCAAGGGCAUGGAGUACCUGCACAACCUCACCCAGCCCAUCAUCCACAGGGACCUCAACAGCCACAAUAUCCUGCUGUAUGAGGAUGGACAUGCAGUGGUAGCUGAUUUUGGAGAAUCUCGAUUCCUUCAAUCUGUGGAAGAGGACAACAUGACCAAGCAGCCAGGGAACCUGCGUUGGAUGGCUCCUGAAGUGUUCACUCAGUGUACUCGCUACUCAGUGAAGGCCGACAUGUUCAGCUACGCUCUUUGUCUGUGGGAGCUGCUCACCGGAGAAAUUCCCUUCGCUCACUUGAAACCUGCGGCUGCAGCAGCAGACAUGGCCUACCAUCAUGUCCGGCCUCCUAUCGGCUACUCCAUCCCCAAACCUAUCUCUGCUCUUCUGAUGAGAGGCUGGUACGCCUGCCCAGAGGACAGGCCUGAGUUCUCUGAGGUGGUGUCCAAUCUGGAGGAAUGCUUGUGUAAUGUUGAGCUGAUGUCUCCAGCCUCCAGUAACAGCAGUGGCUCCCUGUCACCCUCCUCCUCUUCGGAUUGUCUGCUUGGGCGAGGAGGACCCGGCCGGAGUCACGUGGCCGCCCUGCGCUCACGUUUUGAGCUGGAGUACGCUCUGAACACUCGAGCCUACGCCUUCUGGACUCAAAGUGAGAGCCGUCGAGCAUCCGGAGGCCUUUCACUGGAGGAGCUCAGACGGAAUAUGCAGUUUUCUCCAAUCGACAGAAACGGUUACGUGUCUGAUCCGAUGAGCACCAUGAGAUUCUGCUCUUCUUAUAGCAGCAGCGGCAGCUUCGAGGACAGUAACUAAACCUCAGUGAGGAUCCAAGCUUGUUUUAUUAUCUCUCCCUUUGUGAUUCAGACAUUCAUGCCUGUUUUUCAAUCUUUACUUUCAUGUCAACUGUAUGAGAAGAUGUUAGAAGUGGUAUAUAAAGCUUUAUUGAGUUGUGUCUUACAGUAUAUGAAUGACUUGUUUAGGAAUUUACCACACUCUUAGUUUACAGUAUUAAGCCUGAGUUAUCUUAGGUUUAUUCAUUAUGCUGACUUGAAAUAAGUGUUUUAUAGUGGCUUUGACAUCUUGUAAAUACUCAUGUGACAAGCAAACUUAUCUUUAUUUACAUGGUUUGAAUA